UGGAUGUUGUCUUUUCAUGAGAAAAUAUAACAGAAAUUAUUCGCAGGCCAAAAAAUAUUUUCAAUUUGUAGUCUAGCCGAAGAGGAUUCAGAUGGGUAAAUGCUGAUGUCGAGCUGCAAUGCAUUGGUGUAUGCAUGUUUCUGAAAAAGUGGAGGAAGGACUGGGAAGCUUGUAAGGCAACAAGUGUAGCUCAAUGGCGUUAUCUGAAAUAAAAUCUGGAGCAUUAGUUUCUCUCCAAGAGCUACGACCAUCAUCUCCGUUUUUCAAGGAAGGAGCUUCACUAAGAAUUGUUGGAAAGCUUCAUGAAUACUCUGUAGAGACUGCCCUAGCAACAGUAAUUGACGGUGAUGCCACUCUCAAAGUUAAUACUCAGCACCUGAGGGACCUUAGCUUCCGAGUUGGCUCUGUCUACCAAUUCAUUGGUGAGCUCCUCAUCCAACCCGAUAACAAGGGAGUUUUGCAGGCACGUGUUGGUAGAAAUAUUGAUGGAAUUGAUCUCAAUCUCUAUCAACAAUCCUUACUGCUCGUAAGACAGUUUCAAGCUGAUCACCUAAAUAAUCGAACAGAAUAGCUUUACAUGAAGAUCCUGCAGAAACAAGUUAUGACAGUAGGCUGGUGGCGCAUUUUCUCAGAAUUUCAAACAGAUGGAAGCUUAGCUCUUAAACUGUUCUUAACUUAGUAUAUCUUUACGCA